UGGUAGAUCCUUUAGUGAAAAGUCUUUCACAUAAUUUAAUUACUGAGGAUGCAAAAGGAGAAGAAGAAGAAGAAGAAGAAGAAGAAGAGUAGGAGGAGGAUUAAAGAAGAGGGGUGAAACGGCUGGAAAAUUAUAUCUAAACACACGUUUGAUAGUUGCGUGCCACACGGCACUUAACGUAUGUUGGCGGGUGGUGUCUGGUGGCUUCUCCGUGUGUCUCCGUCUACACCCUGGUGUUGUGUCCUCCACUGCUCAUGCGCUCGUCCUCCGUCUCUGAUUGCACGAUUCGGGACUGCUGCAGAUUCGUUCGUCACCAGAUUCAUGGAGUCCAGGCAUUAGGAGUACCCCAGAAAGGCAUGCCAGAUGAAGGCUAAACGGAGACAAGGCAUCGUCUAUUCCGUCGCUCCUACCUGUAUCACUAGGGGUUCAGGUUCGGAGGAAGACGAAGUUGUCGAUCAUUCGAUACCGGAAGUUAGUCCAAGGAGGCAGUCGAGUUUACGUGACUGUCCUGAUAGUCGACAGACCGGCCCGACGGCCGCACUAGGGCGGCGAAAUGAAUAGCGCCGCUGUAAUAGGACGUCAGCUGCGACAGCAGAAUCCAUCUCGUUUUUCGGGGCCACUGGUCCCCCCCUCGACGCCGGGGAGAGGAAGACCGAAAAGUCCCACCCAUCAACCGUUAUAUCAGUACCCGUCACAGACUCAAACGCUUCAAGCAAGUUCAGGUGCAUCGGGGGCACAAGCCCAGAAUCAAUCAGGCAAACUGGCUAAAGAACGAAAGAAGAAGGGUCUAGCGGCAGUUAAGGAGAAGGUGAACUGUCGUUGCAUCAUACAGACUUGUAAAGCUUUAUGUUGUGGUAUGUUCCUCAUUAUGAUAGGUACUACCAUGUCCGUCGUUGGUUUCUACGCUCCAACGUUAUCCAAGGAACUGGUGCAGGAGGGUAACAAAACGGUGGAGGUGACUAACGAAGAUACUAAAUAUCAUUUGCAUAAUCUUACUUUUGUAGGACCCGUUUUUAUGGGACUGGGUGGUUUCGCUAUAGUGGCAUCGUGCGUUAUGACCUUCGAGGGACCCGAGGCCAACGCUCGCGUGGUGCCCAUGAGAAAUAAAAGGCCGUCAGCCGGUGACGUCUUGUCUGAACAGUUACUCGAUGGUCCAAUUGGUAACUCUAUACACGCCAAAGAGAAAAUGAACGGGCCAAAUUUGGGUAGCCCGUUUUUAAUGGUUCCCACGCCGGUGGCACCUUUGGUUCUGACACUGCCAGCGCCUCUAAAAGUUCCGGAUAAGGGUGGAGGGAAAAAUAAUAAUAGCAAAUCCGAAGUGAAAUCGCCUCCGUCUUCGUUCCCUAAUGGACCAAACAGGCAGAAGAGGCCAUCUUUACCGUUAAAACCUUUAAGGGGUUGUACGCCACCGUUACGAACUAAACCUUGGGAUAUGAUGAGCCCUCAACUAGAUUUCGUACCUUCGCCUCAAGAUGUGCAAUUAACGGAUCCAGACGGUUGUGAUACGCCCAUGUGUGAUUCUUUAGACUCCAUGGAGAUAGAUACACACAGAUUUUCCAACUGUCCCAUAACUGUUAAAGUCCAGUUAGAACCCAGGUAUCUAGCUUCGAUUGAAACACUAUCGGAUACGGAUUCGUUCGCAUCCGAAGACCUUCCAACGCCCAUUGCUCAUUACGAGCCCUCUUGCGAUGGAGAUCUCGAGGAGAUCGACCAAGAAAUGCCACUUCUUGGAAGGUGUAGCCCACCGUCCCCAAUAACUCUUCGACCAGAGAUGGAAUUGCCACUUUUGAAGAGAGAUGGCAUCAGGCGUUUUCCAUUAAUCAGGCAGGGAGCACUCGAAAAUGGUCGUGAUAUGUGUGAUUUAACAGAUAUUGGUCCUACAUAAUAAAAAAUUUAAUUCAAGACAGGGUCAAGGUUCAUCCACCCUAUUCUGUGUUCACGAAAUUCCAAACAAAACAAAAAAAAAUUAAAAAUAAAUAAAUAAUUAAUAAAUAAUCAUAUGGUGUCAGAAAAGCACUGUCAAAUUGUACUUCGUUGUUUUAAUUUUCGUCAAUUUUUUCUGUCCGACUAUUUGGUAACAGGACAGUAUUGUCUAAAGUGUCGCUACAGGUGGCCAAACUUCAGCAUAAAAGCGACACCAGGCGACAAACAAAAACAAUUAAAAAAAAUGGAUCCAACUACAUAUUUGUACAGAAUUUUAGAACAAAAUGGAAGUAAAAAGAAAUUCUUUUGGUUUUUUGGGGGUUUUUUUUGAAAAUAUAAACUAUCGCCAUUGGAUAAAAGCCAACAUCCAUCAUUCAAACUUAAAGGAAGAAUUAGAUACAGGAUUUAAAAAAUUAAGAAAUUAAAUAUUAAAAUCGUUUUAAAAAUAUACUUUUCAAUAUAAAAAUUAAGAAAAAAUUAAAAUAAAAUGGUAAAGCGAACAAAUUAAAAAAUAUAUAUAUAUAUGUAUAUGUUCUAUAUAAGUUAUAUACAUGUAAAAUAUCAUUAGACUUAUAUAAACUCGUGUUUAUAUUGGGUUUAAGAUAAUAAAUCACUCGCCAUCUGGAGAAUGCACAAGUCUGAAUAAAAUAACUUUUAACAGGAAAAAUACUCAACAGACUUAUAAAAAAAAAAAAAUUAUAUGUUUCACUCGUUUAAUGGCGAGGGAAGAUAUGCAUAAUCUCUAGCAAACAUUUAUGUAUAAUGUUGAAGCAUAAAAAAAAAAUGAUAACUUUAUACAAUUCGCUUUAUCUAUUUAGUUCAUUUUAUCUGAUGUAUAUAUACUGUAUAUGCUUAAAAACCGUUAAAAUUUCAUUAUAUAAAUCAUGUCAUAUAUGUAUAUGUAUAUAUACAAACAGACAAACGGACGUGCGUUUGUUAAAUUUAUAUGCAAAGUUACCUAUAGAAGAACAAUUGCAUUGUUCUGUAUGCAAAUUAGGUAAGUCUAGAAUCAAUUAUAGGGGGGGUACGUUUUGUGUGAUGUUCUUUUUUGUGUUUUUAAGACUAUUUUUUUUUAAAUUAAAAUACACUUUUUUACUCUUUUCCUGAUGUUUAAGUUACAAAAGUGUAAGUUUUAUAUUUAAUUUAUAAUGCCAAAAGACAUAUCCGAUACAAACACAACAUUUUCCUCCCUAUAAUAGAUAAUGAAAUCACUCUACUAAGCUCGAGACAUUUCUAGCUAUAUAAUUUAGAAGGCACGUCCUGUUGUCUGUUUGUUACUUAUACAAGACAU